AUGAAAGGUGAGCCACCAAGAGGGGAAUUCUGGGGUACCAGAUUGUUUUGUUUUGGGUACGGUGAACACCCUUCCGCCAAGAAAGGAACACAAUCAAGGGGAACAUUGAGAAGCAAAGGAUUUGUUGAAUCAUCUAAACAAGCUCUCUUCAUUAUUGAAAAGCUUAAAGCCUCGAGCCAUGUGGUACCAGUUCCUGGAGCACUGAACAAGAUGAUAUCAUUGGGCUGUGCCUUGAAGUUUUCUUGA